AUGGAUAGACGAGGGUGGAGGCCUUCGGCACCGGUAGUUAUCUUACUAUUGCUGUUCAUAUUUUUUGCUCCGGUACGUCGUCUUCCUUCUCGAAAUGGGAAUUCAACAGAGAAAAGUCUCGAAGCCGAAAGGAAUUGGCAUUCAAAAAUUCAAAAUUCGACGUUUUCGGAAGCUCCUGAGCAAGUGCGACAAUCUAUGACACUUCCUGAACAGGUGCUGUCGGCAAGAAACGCAAUUUACAAGUCUUCCGCUGGUUCAGGCGCUAGUCAUUUGAACCAUACGUCCGUCGUGAUAGGGGACUGGAAAAAAGUCUCCUACGAUUCUUUUGGUAAUGUUUCUCCCAAUGUAACAUGGCAUCGAACAUUACAAAGUAUCAUAAAUUCCGAAAAAGGACAGUUCACAGCUAAUCUUUACGAGUUUCCUGCAGCUAAUUCAAAUGACUUUUCGUUCAUUAUGAAUAUGGAAAAUUUAAAUGGAACUUCAGUAUAUCAACUAGCGUUUUAUGGUGAUCGUUUGGAGAAGGCUCACGCAUUGCUGGGGGCUACAGAAGUUUCUCCAGAAUUUCCAGGUGUAGAUGGUAUUCCUUGGCUUUUCCAAGACUAUGCGGAUAAGCCUGAUUUGCCUUUUGAUGGCCAAGAGCAUUUUGAUGUUUUAAAAAAUAAAUCUCUUGGAAGAAUUGACGAAAGAAUCGGUCAAAUCUCACGUGGAGGAUGGUCUCCAUUAUUAUACGAGGAGGAAAGUGUUUCCUGUCGGGCCUACUUUUACGGAUUUAACAAGAACACAGGGUUGAGUAAGGAGGCUCUUGCUGCUAUAGAAAAUGAAUACUACCAUCCCCAAGGGGUAUCAACUGUGAAAAUGCCCGAUGUGUUGUUUUCUGGUCUUAUCUAUUCUCCAGAUUGCAACGUUGCCUUUACAAUUUCUAAUUAUAAAGGCCCUCGCAAUUUUGUAUUCGACGCCGGUUUGGUACGAUUUGCUUCUGUCUAUAUCAUUGUUAUCUUUUGUCAGAUAUUUUUGCUAUUACGACAGAUGCGUAUAAAUUCACCUUCCUACGUUCAGCGUCUUUCGUUCAUAACCAUUGCUAUUCAAGCUUGUCUUGAUGCUUUUAUUGCUAUCUUCUUUUUAAGCAUAAAUGCUGUUAUUGAGAGAGGUUAUUUACCUUUUGUUUCUGUCGCUUUUCUUUCACUCAUUCCUUCAGUAAUGUUUACUAUGCGGUAUUUGGCGUUAAUAUUGCGUGUUCAAAACUCGAACUCUCCUCCGCCGCCGCCGCUUCCCCGAACCCAGAAUAAUGAAUCCGCAAUUGAAGAUACUAAUGAAGGUGAUGAUAAUAACACAACGAACACGGAGGAUACACCGCCACAAGCAGGUUUGACUCAGUAUGAACGUGACCAACGAGAUUGGUCAGCUGUUUGUCUUCGAUUUUAUUUUGUUAUACUUGUUGUCUGUAUUGUGUCUUUGUAUUCCGCUUUUUGGCCCGUUACUUACCGAUUUUAUUUCAUUUCUACUCUUUUGUUUACUUGCUACUCUUUUUGGGUUCCUCAAAUUAUUCGAAACGUCAAGCAAGGUACGUCGCGUAGCUUUUCUUGGGUAUAUAUUAUCGGGCUCAGUUUAUCCCGUAUGUAUUUGCCUACGUUUAUUUUCCUUUAUUCUGAAACCACUUUAAAGUUUACUCCUAAAUAUACGUAUGCCUUGGCUUUGGGUUUGUGGAUGUCUCUCCAGGUUUUGGUUUUGUUUGCACAGGAUACUUUAGGAGCCAGGUUUUUCCUACCAAAAAAGUUAUUUCCUUCUAGCUCUACCUACGAUUAUCACCCACUUAUUCAAGCUGGAGAUUUGGAAGCGUUUAUGCACGAUGCAAACGUCUGUCCUAUUUGCAUGCAAACCAUAGAACUCGUUUCUAGUGGCUCCACUUUGAACCCAGCUUCAAGGAUUGUAAGGAGGAAUUACAUGCUUACACCAUGUCAUCAUCUGUAUCAUAGGCAGUGUUUGUUGCAAUGGAUGGAAAGUAGAAGUAUAUGCCCUGUUUGCCGAUGUCAUUUACCGCCUGUUUGA